GUUACCACACCGACGGUGUAGCAGCUGCAUAAUAAAUGAUGGAGAGAAUCAUGUUAGGCAUGCCCACCUAACCUAACUUGAAUCAUGCGAAAGGGGAGCUGCUGGAAUUCAAAUAGACUUUCUGGUUCCCAGCAGUCGGCAGUAAUAGAAUGCUUUCAGGAAGAUGACAGAUGCAGGGGAAAGAUGCUGUUUUGCACUAUCUUGAUUUGUUACGGCAGCCAACUUAUUGGCAUGAUGGAGUGACAAGAAAAGCAGCUGGCAUGGAAGAUGAACGGGAAGAUGUUCAAAAGAAAACUUUCACAAAAUGGAUAAAUGCACAGUUUGCUAAGUUUGGAAGACGUCACAUUGAAGACCUUUUUAAUGAUUUUCGAGAUGGACGAAGACUUCUGGAGCUCCUCGAAUGCCUUACAGGCCAAAAACUUGCAAAAGAAAAGGGCUCCACAAAAGUUCAUGCUCUGAACAAUGUCAACAAAGCAAUCCACUUUUUGCAGAGAAAUAAUGUUGAUUUGGUAAAUAUAGGGAGCUCAGAUAUUGUGGAUGGAAAUCAUAAGCUGACCCUUGGUUUGAUCUGGAAUAUAAUCCUCCACUGGCAGGUCAAAGAUGUAAUGAAAAACAUCAUGGCUGGGCUGCAGCAGACGAACAGUGAGAUGAUUCUGCUGAGCUGGGUCCGUCAAUCGACUCGCAAGUACCCGCAGGUCAACGUUACCAAUUUCACCACGAGCUGGUCUGAUGGAUUGGCUUUCAACGCUCUCCUCCACAGCCACAGACCAGACCUGUUUGAUUGGAAUGCUGUUGCUUCUCAGCAGUCACCUGCACAACGAUUAGACCAUGCAUUCUCCAUAGCCAGGCAGCACCUGGGAAUAGAGAAACUCCUUGAUCCUGAAGAUGUUGCAACUGCCUAUCCAGAUAAGAAGUCCAUCUUGAUGUAUGUGACUUCGCUCUUUCAAGCCCUGCCCCAGCAAGUCACCAUGGAAGCCAUCAGGGAGGUGGAGAUGCUGCCACGGCACACAAGGAUCACUAGAGAAGAGCACGUAGAAGUACACGAACAGCAUUUUUCACGAGAAGUGUUAGCAAGUGUUGAAGAAAAGAAAUUUAGCACCGUGCGGAUGGGGGCUGGAGAUCUUGAAAACUACCAAACUGCUUUAGAAGAAGUGCUCACGUGGCUUCUCUCUGCUGAAGAUGCAUUACAAGCACAAGGAGAUAUAUCCAAUGAUGUAGAAGUUGUUAAAGAACAGUUUCACACCCAUGAGGGGUUUAUGAUGGAGUUAACAGCUCACCAAGGACGUGUUGGUAAUGUUUUGCAAGUCGGAAGUCAACUUCUAUCAACUGGAAAACUUUCAGAUGAAGAAGAGAAUGAAAUCCAAGAACAAAUGAAUCUACUUAAUUCUCGUUGGGAAAGUCUCAGGGUAGCAAGUAUGGAAAAACAAAGCAAUUUACAUAAAGUCCUAAUGGAUCUGCAGAAUCAGCAGCUAGCCCAGCUAGCUGAAUGGCUGACUAAAACAGAGGAAAGGACAAAGAAAACUGAUUUGGAACCCUUAGGUCCAGAUCUGGAGGACCUAAAGCGCCAAAUAGAAGAGCAUAAGGCAUUUCAAGAAGAUCUGGAGCAGGAACAAGUAAAAGUGAAUUCCCUAACUCAUAUGGUGGUGGUGGUAGAUGAAAACAGUGGUGACAGAGCUACUGCUGCAUUGGAAGAGCAGCUUCAGCACUUUGGAAAACGGUGGGCAGCCAUCUGCAGAUGGACAGAAGAACGAUGGGUCCUUCUGCAGGAUAUUCUUCGUAAAUGGCAGCAUUUUGCAGAGGAGCAGUGCCUUUUUGAUGCGUGGCUUACUGAGAAAGAGGAUGCUGUGAGCAAAAUCCAGGCAACUGGCUUUGGAGAUCAGAAUGAAAUGCUGACCAAUCUAAGCAAAUUGGCUAUCCUAAAAGGAGAUCUAGAAAUGAAAAGGCAAAUGAUGAGUAAGCUGAAGCUGCUCAGCCAAGAUCUCCUUGUAGCUGUGAAAAAUAAAGCAGUGGCUCAAAAGCUGGAAAGUCGUCUUGAAAAUUUUGCCCAGCGCUGGGAAAGCCUUGUGCAGAAGGUGGAGAGCAAUUCUAAACAGAUUUCGCAGGCUGUCACUACCACUCAGACAUCACUAACACAGACAACUGUAAUGGAAACUGUAACUAUGGUGACCACAACUGAGCAAAUCCUGGUUAAGCAUGCUAAAGAGGAACUCCCACCACCUCCACCCCACAAAAAAAGGCAACUCCUUGUGGAUUCAGAAAUUAGGAAGAGGUUUGACUCGGAUACCACGGAGCUGCACAGCUGGAUGACCCGCUCCGAGGCACUGCUGCAGAGCCCUGAGUUUGCCAUCUUCAGGAAAGAAGGGAACCUCUCAGACCUCAGAGAAAGAGUCAAUGCCAUCCAGCGAGAAAAGCCUGAGAAGUACAGAAAACUGCAAGAUGCCAGCAGAUCAGCUGAGGCCCUGGUGGAACAGAUGGUGAAUGAGGGUCUGAAUCCUGACAACAUUAGACAAGCCUCAGAGCAGCUGAAGAGCCGCUGGAUUGAGUUCUGUCAGUUGCUGAGUGAAAGACUGGCAUGGCUGGAGUACCAAAAUAACAUCAUUGACUUCUACUCCCAGCUGCAGCAACUGGAGCAGACAGCAAUUGCUGCAGAAAACUGGCUGAGAACACAACCCACACCAGCAACAGAUCCUGCUACAGUAAAAGCUCAGUUAGAAAGAUGCAAGGAUGAAAUAAUUCGAAUGUCAACCCUGCAGCCUCAGAUUGAACGGCUCAAGGCUCAAAGUCAAGCGCUCAAAGAGAAAGAGCAAGCCCCAGUGUUUCUGGAUGCUGACCUUGCUGCUUUUACCAGCCAUUUCAAACAAAUAUUUGCUGACAUGCAUGCCAGAGAAAAGCAGCUACAGACCAUUUCUGACAGUUUGCCUCCUGCACACUACAAGGAGACAAUGAACACUAUACUUAUGUGGAUGCAGCAGUCAGAAACUAAACUCUCCAUGCCUCAGGUUGCAAUUGCUGAAUAUGAAACCAUGGAGCAGAGACUCAGGGAGUUCAAGGCUCUUCAAAGUUCUCUGCAAGAGCAGCAGAAAGGGCUGACCUAUCUCAGCACGACUGUGGAGGAGCUGUCCAGGAAAGGCCCUGCGGAGGUCGGCCGGAGUUACCGCUCCGAGCUGGAGGUGGUGCUGGGCCGCUGGAAGAAGCUCUCGGCACAGCUGGCGGAGCAGUGCCAGAAGCUGGAGGACCGCAUGACCAAACUCCAGAGAUUCCAGAAUGACACUAGAACACUGAAGAAGUGGAUGGCUGAAGUGGAUGUUUUUCUGAAGGAAGAGUGGCCUGCCCUUGGAGACUCAGAAGCACUGGAAAAGCAACUUGAGCAAUGUACAGCUUUAGUAAAUGAUAUCCAGACAAUCCAGCCCAGUUUGAACAGUGUUAAUGAAACUGGGAAGAAAAUGAAGAGUGAAGCAGAGGCAGAAUUUGCUUCCAGAAUAGAGGCAGAGCUAAAGGAUCUCAAUGCUCAGUGGGACCACAUUUGCCAACAGGCCUAUGCUAAGAAGGCUGCAUUAAAAGGUGGUUUGGAUAAGACUGUGAGUCUCAGAAAGGAUUUGUCAGAGAUGCACGAGUGGAUAACACAAGCUGAGGAAGAAUAUCUGGAAAGAGAUUUUGAGUAUAAAACACCUGAGGAGUUACAGAAAGCUGUUGAGGAACUGAAGAGAGCAAAGGAGGAAGCCCUGCAGAAAGAAGUGAAAGUGAAGCUUAUUACAGAUUCUGUGAAUAACUUUAUAGCCAAGGCUCCACCUGCAGCUCACGAGGCUUUGAAAAAGGAGCUUGAUGUUCUCAUUACCAGCUACCAGCAACUCUGCAGCAGGCUGAAUGGAAAGUGGAAGACGUUGGAGGAGGUAUGGGCAUGUUGGCGCGAAUUAUUGUCAUAUUUAGAUGCGGAAAAUAAAUGGUUGAAUGAGAUUGAACUGAAACUGAAAGCAACUGAAAAUGUCCAGGGAGGUGCAGAAGAGAUUUCUGAAUCUUUAGAUUCUUUGGAACGUUUAAUGAGACAUCCAGAAGAUAAUCGCAAUCAGAUUCGGGAACUGGCUCAGACUUUGACAGAUGGUGGGAUCAUGGAUGAACUGAUCAAUGAGAAACUUGAGAGGUUCAACAGUCGGUGGGAAGAACUUCAGCAGGAGGCCGUGAGAAGACAGAAAAGUCUUGAGCAGAGUAUUCAGUCUGCACAGGAGACUGACAAAACCCUGCGCCUGAUCCAGGAGUCUCUGACUGCCAUUGACAAGCAGCUAUCAGCCUACACUGCAGACAGGGUGGAUGCAGCACAGGUCCCUCAGGAAGCACUGAAAAUACAAUCUGAGUUAACAAGCCACGAGAUUAGUUUGGAAGAAAUGAAGAAACGAAACCGCGGUAAGGAUGCAGCCAAAAGAGUGCUUUCCCAAAUUGAUGUGGCACAGAAAAAGCUGCAGGAUGUGUCCGUGAAGUUCCGCUUGUUCCAGAAGCCAGCCAACUUUGAACAGCGCCUCCAAGAAUGCAAAAGAAUUCUAGAUGAGGUGAAAUUGCAGGUGCCCAAGCUGGAGAUGAAGAGUGUUGAGCAGGAAGUAGUACAAUCACAGCUGGAUCAUUGCAUGAAAUUAUAUAAAAACCUGAGUGAGGUGAAGUCUGAAGUGGAAACAGUGAUAAAAACUGGGAGGCAGAUUGUUCAGAAGCAGCAGACUGAGAACCCAAAGGAACUGGAUGAAAGGCUUACAGCUUUGAAGCUGCAAUAUAAUGAAUUAGGUGCAAAGGUGACAGAAAAAAAGCAGGAGUUAGAGAAAUGCUUGAAAUUGUCCCGGAAGCUGCGGAAGGAGAUCAAUGCCCUGACAGAGUGGCUCGCAGCGACUGACGCGGAACUGACAAAGAGAUCCGCGGCGCAGGGGAUGCCGAGCAAUUUGGAUGCCGAAAUUGCCUGGGGCAAGGCAACACGGAAGGAGAUUGAGAAACGCCAGGGCCAGCUUAAGAGCAUCAGUGACUUAGGAGAGAAUUUGAAGGCAGUGAUGAAAGGAAAGGAAAGUCUUGUGGAUGAUAAACUCAGCCUGCUGAACAGCAACUGGAAAGCGGUAACUUCACGUGCUGAGGAAUGGUUCAAUCUCUUACUGGAAUAUCAAAAGCACAUGGAGGCUUUUGAUCAGAAUGUAGCUAAUGUCACUACUUGGAUGUAUCGUGCUGAAAUACUGUUGGAUGAAUCUGACAAACAAAAACCCCAGCAAAAAGAGGAAAUUCUUAAGCGCUUAAAGGCUGAGCUGAAUGACAUUCACCCCAAGGUGGACUCUGUGCGUGACCAGGCCAGAGACUUGAUGGCAAACCGUGGGGACCACUGCAGGAAAGUGGUGGAGCCCAAACUCUCAGAGCUCAACCAGCGAUUUGCAGCUGUAUCACAGAGAAUUAAGAGUGUGAAGCCCUUCAUUCCUUUGAAGGAAUUGGAGCAAUUUGACUUCGAUAUACAAAAAAUGCUUGAACCACUGGAGGUUGAAAUUCAGCAGGGAGUGAAUCUGAAAGAGGAGGACUUCAAUAAAGAUAUGAGUGAAGAGGAUGAGAGCACAGUGAAAGAAUUGCUGCAAAGGGGCGACAGGCUUCAAAAGGGAGUCACAGAUGAGAAAAAACGUGAGGAAAUAAAGACAAAACAGCAGCUGUUGCGGACUAAACAUAAUGCCCUCAAGGACUUGAGAGCUCAAAGAAGAAAAAAGGCUUUAGAGAUUUCUCAUCAAUGGUAUCAGUACAAGAGGCAGGCUGAUGACCUAAUGACGUGGCUGGAUGACAUUGAGAAAAAGUUAGCCGGUCUGCCAGACCACAAAGAUGAGCAGAAGCUAAAGGAGAUUGGUGGAGAAUUGGAGAAGAAGAAGGAAGAUCUGCAUGCGGUGCACAGGCAGGCUGAACGCCUGUCUAAGGAUGGGGCUGCAAAAGCAGUGGAGCCAACCCUGAUACAGCUCAGCAAGCGCUGGCAAGAUUUUGAGAGCAAAUUUGCUCAGUUUCGAAGACUCAACUAUGCACAAAUUCAAACAGUUCGUGAAGAUACAACUUUUGUGAUGACUGAAACUAGGACUGUGGAAACCACUCAUGUGCCUUCUGCGUACCUGGCAGAGAUCCUUCACCUUCUGCAAGCCUUGUCUGAAGUGGAAGAGCGCCUUAAUUCUCCUGUUCUGCAGGCCAAGGACUGUGAGGACCUCUUCAAACAAGAAGAGUGUCUCAAGAGCAUUAAGGAUAGCCUGGGGAGACUGCAAGGUCAUGUAGAAAUUAUUAACAACAAGAAGACACCGGCUUUGAAAAAUGUUGCACCAAAGGAAGCAGCAAAUAUACAAGAAAAGCUGACUCAACUUAAUUUUGAAUGGGAGAAAGUUAACAAGAUGUACAGGGACCGACAGGCGCGGUUUGAUAAAUCUUUGGAAAAGUGGCAGAUUUUUCAUUCUGACAUGAAGAGAUUUAAUCAUUGGCUAAGUGAAACUGAAGAGAAGCUGUCAAGAGCACAGAUAGAGGCUGGAGACGUGGGGCUUGUGAAAACCAAGCAAUUUAUCCAGGAGCUUCAGGAUGGCAUUGGGCAGCAGCAAACUGUUGUCAAAACAUUGAAUGCAACUGGUGAAGAGAUUAUUAAGCAGUCAUCAAAGGCAGAUGCCAAGGUGCUGAAGGAACAACUGGAAAGUUUGAAUAACCGGUGGAAGGAGAUCUGCAGACAGUUGGUAGAGAAAAAAAAGAGGAUAGAGGAAGAAAAGAAUAUUUUAUCAGAAUUUCAAGACGAUUUGAACAAGUUGAUUUUAUGGUUAGAGGAAACAGAGAACGUUAUUUGUAUUCCCCUUGAAAAAGGGAAUGAAGACCAGUUGAGAGACUGCCUGAGCAAAGUAAAGUUAAGAGUUGGAGAACUGCCGCCCCACAAGGGAAUACUGAAACGAUUAAAUGAAACUGGAGGAAUAGCACUUGGAAGUGCAUCACUGAACCCAGACAAAAAACAUAAGCUGGAGAGUACACUGAAGGAGGCUAACCAUCGUUUGUUAAAGGUGUCCAAAGAUCUUCCAGAAAAACAGAAAGAAAUAGAGAUUCUGCUAAAGGAUUUUGUUGAACUUGAUCAACAACUAAAUCAGGUGAUAUUGUGGGUAACACCUGUCAAGAACCAGCUAGAGCUUUACAACAAAGUGGGUCAGCCAGGAGCCUUUGAUAUUAAGGAAACUGAAGCAGCAGUGCAGGCUAAACAGCCGAAUGUGGAAGAGGUUUUGUCUAAAGGGUGUCAUUUAUACAAGGAAAAACCAGCUACUCAUCCAGUAAAGAAAAAAUUAGAAGACUUGAAUGCUGACUGGAAGGCAAUACAACACUUGAUUCAACAACUAAAGGAAAAGCCAGCAUUAUCAGCCUUUGGCCAGCUAUCUUCAGGUGUCUUAACUCCUGGUGAAACUGUUGCUGUGGAUACACAAACCAGGGUAACCAAGGAAACCACCACCUUCAAACCAGAAAUGCCAUCUUCUGUGCUUUUGGAGGUUCCAGCCUUGGCUGACUUCAAUAAGGCAUGGGCAGAACUCACUGACUGGCUUUCUCGACUGGAUCGAGAGAUAAAAUCUCAGAGAGUGAAAGUAGGUGAUCUUGAUAACAUCAACGACAUGAUCAUCAAACAAAAGGCAAUACUACAGGAUCUGGAGCAAAGACGUCCCCAGCUGGAUGAACUCAUAACUGCAGCACAAAAUCUAAAAAACAAGACAAGCAAUCAAGAGGCCCGGACAAUAAUUACUGACCGCAUUGAUAAGAUACAGAGCCAGUGGGAUGAAGUGCAUGGAUACCUCCAAAACCGGAGACAGCAGCUUCAAGAGAUGCUGAAGGAUUCAACACAGUGGCUGGAAGCUAAACAAGAAGCUGAGCAGGUUCUAGAACAAGCAAAAGCUAAGCUUGAGUCAUGGAAAGAAAUUUCGUACACGGUGGAUGCUUUGAAAAAGCAGAACACAGAACUUAAGCAAUUUUCAAAAGAACUACGGCAGUGGCAAAUAAAUGUAGAUGUGGCAAACGACCUGGCUCUGAAGCUGCUCCGUGAUUAUUCAGAAGAUGACACCAGAAAGGUUCAGCUGAUGACAGACAGUGUUAAUGCAUCCUGGGCUGCCAUUAAUAAAAGGGUUUGCGAACGUGAAGCAGCUCUGGAAUCAGCCCUAAGAAUGUUGCAGCAAUUCUACCUGGAUCUUGAAAAGUUCCUUGCUUGGCUUACAGAAGCUGAAACAACUGCAAAUGUCCUGCAGGAUGCUACACACAAAGAAAAGACACUAGAGGAUGCCAAAAUGGUUCGGGACCUCAUGAAACAGUGGCAGGAACUACAGGCAGAAAUUGAUGCUCACACUGACAUCUUUCACAACCUGGAUGAAAAUGGGCAGAAAAUCCUGAGGUCCCUGGAAGGCUCUGAGGAUGCAACCCUGCUGCAGAGACGUCUGGAUAACAUGAACCUCAGAUGGAGUGAACUUAGGAAGAAAUCUCUAAACAUUAGAUCUCAUUUGGAAGCCAGUACCGACCAGUGGAAGCGAUUACAUCUCUCCCUUCAGGAACUUUUGGCAUGGCUGCAGUUGAAGGAGGAUGAAUUAAAGCAGCAAGCACCCAUUGGUGGAGAUCUCCCCACUGUGCAGAAACAGAAUGAUAUUCAUCGGACUUUCAAGAGGGAGAUAAAAACAAAAGAACCCGUUAUCAGGAGUGCCCUUGAGACUGUGCGAAUCUUCGUGGCUGAGCCGCCCGUGGAGGCACUGGAGAAGGUCUGCCCAGAACCCAGAGAUCUGUCACCUGAGGAGAGAGCCCACAAUGUCACCAAACUUCUGCAAAGGCAAGCAGAUGAGGUCAGAACUGAGUGGGACAAGCUGAAUCUACAGUCUGCUGAUUGGCAAAAGAAGAUUGACGAUGCUCUUGAGAGACUGCAGGGCCUUCAGGAGGCCAUGGAUGAGCUGGACCUGAAGCUGCGCCAGGCUGAGGCUUUCAAGGGGUCCUGGCAGCCAGUGGGGGACCUGCUCAUCGACUCUCUGCAGGAUCACUUGGAAAAAGUCAAGGUUUAUCGGGCAGAACUCGUUCCCCUUAAGGAAAAGGUGCACCACGUCAACGAGCUCGCUCACCGCUUCACUCCCCCUGAUCUUCAACUCUCCCAGUACAACCUCAGCUGUGUGGAAGACCUAAACACAAGGUGGAAGGUGCUGCAGGUGGCUGUUGAUGAGCGCAUCAAGCAACUGCAUGAAGCUCACAGGGAUUUUGGCCCUACUUCCCAGCAUUUUCUUACCACUUCUGUCCAAGGCCCCUGGGAGAGGGCAAUCUCACCCAACAAAGUGCCGUAUUAUAUCAACCAUGAGACGCAAACGACCUGCUGGGAUCAUCCCAAGAUGACUGAGCUUUACCAGUCAUUAGCUGACCUGAACAACGUCAGGUUCUCGGCGUACAGGACUGCCAUGAAACUCCGCAGGCUGCAGAAGGCUCUCUGCUUGGAUCUCCUGAGUCUGUCUGCUGCCUGUGAUGCCUUGGACCAGCACAACCUCAAACAAAAUGACCAGCCAAUGGAUAUUCUGCAGAUCAUUAACUGCCUGACCACCAUUUACGAUCGACUGGAGCAAGAGCACAAUAACCUGGUCAACGUCCCCCUCUGCGUGGACAUGUGCCUCAACUGGCUGCUGAAUGUCUAUGACACGGGUCGAACAGGAAGGAUCCGUGUCUUAUCUUUCAAAACCGGUGUCGUGUCCCUUUGCAAAGCACACCUGGAAGAUAAAUACAGAUACCUGUUCAAGCAAGUGGCGAGUUCCACUGGCUUCUGUGACCAGCGCCGGCUGGGGCUGCUGCUGCACGACUCCAUCCAGAUCCCGCGGCAGCUGGGCGAGGUGGCCUCCUUCGGGGGCAGCAACAUCGAGCCCAGCGUCAGGAGCUGCUUCCAGUUUGCCAACAACAAACCAGAGAUUGAAGCAGCCCUUUUCCUGGACUGGAUGAGGCUGGAGCCACAGUCCAUGGUGUGGCUGCCUGUCCUGCACAGGGUGGCUGCUGCUGAGACUGCCAAGCACCAAGCCAAGUGCAACAUCUGUAAGGAGUGCCCCAUUAUUGGAUUCAGGUACAGAAGUUUAAAGCACUUUAACUAUGACAUCUGCCAAAGUUGCUUCUUCUCUGGCCGUGUUGCUAAAGGUCACAAAAUGCACUAUCCCAUGGUGGAAUACUGCACACCAACAACUUCAGGAGAAGAUGUCCGUGACUUUGCCAAGGUACUAAAAAACAAGUUUCGAACAAAAAGAUAUUUUGCAAAGCACCCACGAAUGGGCUACCUGCCUGUGCAGACUGUCUUGGAGGGAGACAACAUGGAAACUCCUGUUACUCUGAUCAACUUCUGGCCAGUAGAUUCUGCGCCUGCCUCGUCCCCUCAGCUCUCACACGAUGAUACUCAUUCACGCAUUGAACAUUAUGCUAGCAGGCUAGCAGAAAUGGAGAACACCAAUGGUUCUUACCUAAAUGACAGUAUUUCACCUAAUGAGAGCAUUGAUGAUGAACACUUGUUAAUCCAGCACUACUGCCAAAGCCUGAACCAGGAGUCCCCCCUGAGCCAGCCCCGAAGCCCUGCCCAGAUCCUGAUUUCUCUGGAGAGUGAGGAGAGAGGGGAGCUGGAGAGAAUCCUCGCAGACCUGGAGGAGGAAAACAGGAACCUGCAGGCCGAGUACGAGCGGCUGAAGCAGCAGCACGAGCACAAGGGCCUGUCCCCGCUGCCGUCCCCCCCGGAGAUGCUGCCGGUGUCUCCGCAGAGCCCGCGCGACGCCGAGCUCAUCGCGGAGGCCAAGCUGCUCCGGCAGCACAAGGGCCGCCUGGAGGCCAGGAUGCAGAUCCUGGAGGAUCACAACAAACAGCUGGAAUCGCAGCUGCACAGGCUGAGGCAGCUGCUGGAGCAGCCCCAGGCAGAUGCCAAGGUGAAUGGUACAACACUGUCAUCUCCUUCUACCUCUUUGCAGAGGUCAGGCAGCAGUCAGCCAAUGCUUCUUCGUGUAGUUGGCAGCCAGACUUCAGAAACCAUGGGUGAGGAUGAGCUGCUCAGCCCUCCCCAGGACACAAGCACAGGUUUGGAGGAAGUGAUGGAGCAGCUCAACAACUCCUUCCCCAGCUCCAGAGGCCACAAUGUAGGGAGCCUUUUCCACAUGGCAGACGACCUGGGCAGAGCGAUGGAAACCUUAGUGACCGUGAUGACCGACGACAAGGUGUUAGAAUAGCGAGAUGUGUUUUACAACUUCAGGCGUUCCGCAUGGUUUUUAUAAUAUUCAUACUACAAAGAGGAUUAGACUGUAAGAGUUUACAAGAAAACAAAUCUAUAUUUUUGUGAAGGGUAGUGGUACUAUACUGUAGAUUUCAGUAGUUUCCUAAGUCUGUUACUGUUUUGUUAACAAUGGCAGGUUUUACACGUCUAUGCAAUUGUACAAAAAUUAUAAGAGAACUACAUGUAAAAUCUUGAUAGCUAAAUAACUUGCCAUUUCUUUAUAUGGAACGCAUUUCGGGUUGUUUAAAAAAAAUUUAUAACAGUUAUAAUGAAAGAUUGUAAACUAAAGUGUGCUUUAUAAAAAUAAUUGUUUAUAGAAACCCCCUUAAAAAAAAAACAUAAAAAAAUAUACUGAGGCAGUGCAUUUGUUUAGUUUCAUUUCAGCUCUGUAACAGUAUCAGAGAGAUUCAUGUCCUGUGUUCUUUUCCUUGCCUAUCAAAAAGAAAAAAAAAGGAAAUAUUUCCUGCAGUGAUAUCAGAAUGGCCACCUUACAUUUCUCAUUGGUUUUGUCUGACUAGGGCUGGCUUAGGAAAAAAUAACCAAAAAACCUGAACUUCCAAUAAAGGUAGUUACAUUUUAUCUUUCCAAUAAAAUUAAGAAUUACAUGACUUACUGUCCUGGUUUUGGACAGCAGCUAGCAAUUACACAGCUAGUUUGCAAUAAUUAAAUGAAAGAGCACAUUUUAUGACAGAGCCUGCAAAAAAAAAAAAACAA